AUGCCACGCUCAACAACGGCCGACAAGAAGCAGCAGCAGCAGCAGCAGCAGCAGCAGCAGUCGUCGGUACGGUACGACAAUGUACAGCAGCUGCGGCGUGAGGGCGACGAGUUUCUCGGCCAGCGACGUCGUCAGAGCAAUCAUCACAGCAGCAAGCACGCGAUGCAUGCCAUGCGUGCAAUGCAGGAUGCGUGCGGACGUCGCCCGUCAGCGCCCGUACAGAUGCAGAUGCAGAUGAGCAAGGCAAAGGAGCGAGCCGUUGCCAUGCACGAUGCAUGUGCACGCCGUCCCUCCGCACCCGUGCCACUGCAGAGGCAGCAGCAGCAGCAGCAGCAAGGCAGCGCGAGUGCAUCUCGCCGGCCCUCGCGUGCUGGCCACAGCGCAGGCGAGCCCCAUUGCCGCCUGCUGCGGUCUAUGGAUUUUUCCGCGCUCAUGGCACGCGCAGAGAGUGGCGCAUCAUCGUCGUCCCUCGCAUCGUCAUCAUGCUCCAUCGACGGCGGACGUGGCAGAGCGCGCCGCAGCAGAGAGUGCGCCGCUCCCUCCACAGAUGACGCCGACAGCGAGGUGGAUAUCCUCGGGCCACGGCGCACGGCGAGCCCAAGCGUGGCAUCUGCACGCGGCUGUGCCACCACGCGAUCUGGCACCGCAACGCCGCUCGCCGGCAGCCCACGCAUUCGCCGUCGUCAUCGCCGCGGACACGCGCGCGCAGCCAGCACCAGUGGCGCCGCAACCAAGCAGGCAGAAGGUGCAGAGAACACGCCACCAAACUCGCCCCACCUCCGCCGCGAGCCCGCAGCAAGAGAGGCUGCGGACGCGACGCCGUCGUUGCCCUUCUCCUCCUCCUCCUCCUCCUCGUCAACCCGCGAGCAGCAAGAGGAUGCGGUGCGCAGCGUGCUGAGCAAAGUGAACAGCAUCGCCAGCGUGAUGUCACCGCGCCGCCGCCGCAAGGUGCUGUCGAAGGUGCGCGCCGUGGCAGAGACGAGCCCCAUCAGCGUUGCCGGUGCAGAGGCAGCGCUUCCAGCCGUGCUGUCCGCACAGCUCGUCUCCAGGAUGGCCAGCAUGCGCAUGGGAGACGACGGGAGGCAGGAGACAGGUGCGAGGAGGGAUGAGGAGGCAGACGCAGGCGGAGAGCAAGUGGGCGAACCGGGCAAACGGCGCCAGCAACAGCUGCAAGUACCAGCACCGCCCUCUCAACCGCCGAUGUUGCGUGGCACAAGUAAGGCGUCAAAGGGCAGCAACUACCGGCUGGAGGCCUGUGUGACGGACAGCCCCAUGCAGCGCGCAGAUGCGUUGUCGCUGCUGUUUGAAGAGGAGAGCACGAGCGCGUACACGAGUGGCACUACGAGUAGCAGCAGUACCGCCAGCAGUGCAAGAAGCAGCAGUGUGUGGAUGCACGGCCAUGACAGUGCAAGCACUCGCAGUACUCGCAGCACUGCGUCCCAUUUGACUGUGACGAGCGAGGAGGAGGACGAUCCUGCUUACGCUGUCAUCAACACGGGUGACUUUGACUUCUUCAGCAGUGACGACGAAGACGAAGGCGACGAUGAAGUUGAGGUUGGCGCGCAGGGGCAGACGGUGCAUGGCAAUGACGGGCAUGAUGCAGAGGGAGGCGUGGUGGUGGGAACGAGUGCGUUGGCCCGUGCUGCUGCCAUGCGCGAUUCACGGCAGAUUGCACAACCGCGCACAUCGCCCAAGAUGAUGCGGCGGCGGCGGCAGAAGAAGGGAAAGGACAACGGGAGCAAGCACAAGGAGAUGGCAAUGCAGGAAAAGACAGCUGGCAUUGAAGAGCCACAGUACGCCGACGUGCGGCUGGCCUCAAAGGCGCUUGCGCAUGACUAUGAUACGGAUGAUGAUGAGGACGGCGCGUACGCCCGCAUCUCGCGUGUUCUUUGCGAUGGGCUGUGGGAGAGCGGGUGGAUGGACGCCAACGCCGGCAGCGACACCGAUGAUAGCGAGUUUGAGAUUCACGACGAGGAUUACGAUCCAAACGCCGUGUACAGCAAGGUGAUUCCAAAGGAUCGGCGCAAGAAGACACCGCCUCUUCCGAUUCGGCAGUACAUCCUCAAGCACUACCGCUUCGCAGGGCAAGGCCCGGAACCCUCGGAGCUGAACGAUCCGCGAAGAGCGCAGGCGCGUCGUGCCGCGUAUCUGUACCGCCUCAAGCGCGGUGACCGCCGCCAAAACUCGCCGCAGCGGCACAUUCGCGGCAACAAGCAGGCGUAGAGUGGCCUUGGGGGAAGGGGGAGGGAUGCGUUGAGGCAGUGGAUUGGGGGAAGCACACACUGUUGAGGGAGAUCGAAGGAAGUUGAGGGAAGGAGACAAGUUGAG